UCUAUUGGACAGCAUGGAGGAAGUGGGCGGGCUCUCAAAAGCAUCUGAUCCUAAACCGACCAAUCAGAGGCCAGAUCACAGCUGCCACUCAAAUCUAUUUGUGCAGGUUUGUCUGCAGCCUCUUUACUUCUCAUCCUUUCUUUUCUUUUCUUUCUAGGCCGUUUGCAGCCUGAAGGCAACAACUGAUGCAAGUUAGCACAGGAAAGUACAUCCUCCCCAUCAGAGUACUUCUGCAUCUUUUCAUCGUAGCAGCAAACAGCUGUGAGACGGACACAUCCUGAGCAUGCACACCAUUAAAAGAGGAGGAAGUGCAGAUGAAGAGGAGCAGAGGGGGAUGUUGGAGCUCCGGCACACGGACUCUGGGAUCUGAACCAACCUGAGCAAAAAAAACAACUUUUUUUUUCCCAGGAGUGUCAUGUGUGUUUCUGACAUGCUCCUCGCACGCUCUGUUGCUGUGUUCAUCUUAUACUUCACAGCUGGCUCUGGGACCACAGAGUAUGACGGCUACAAUGACUUUGUAGAAGAAGACCACACUCCUCAACUAGACUACAAAAACCCUAACUGGUGUCACUCUCCGGGUCUGACCAAUGGCGAGGUGACCUGCCACUCCCCUCGAGGCGUGGCCUACACGAGCACGUUGGGCACCCGCUGCGAGAUGAACUGUGAUCGAGGAUACCGACUGCUGGGGAAGAGCUCGAUUCACUGCCUCGCCAACCGACGCUGGUCCGGGACCGCUUACUGCCGCCAGAUGCGCUGCCGUGUGCUGCACCCCAUUCCAUACGGCCGAUACACCUGCACUCACGGCUUCAUGGUGGACUCCAUAUGUAGCUUCACCUGCGACCGCGGCUAUCGCAUCGAGGGCGAACACUCACGCACCUGUCAGCGCGGGGGGUCGUGGAGCGGAGGACAGCCAAAUUGUGAAGAUACAGAACCUCCAAAGAUCAAGUGUCCUCCGUCCAGACUCAAGGUCGCCGAGCCUGGAAAACUCUCUGCUACGGUGACCUGGGACCCGCCCGCUGCUAAAGAUACUGCUGAUAAAUUACUUGAAGUGAUAUUAGUCGGCCAGGAGCCGGGCACCGACUUUAAAGAGGGAGCGAGCAUUAUCCGAUACAAAGUGUACGAUCAAGCCAGGAACCGAGCGGCCUGCAAGUUUAUAGUACGUGUUGAGGUGAGAAGAUGUUCAGCUCUACCUGCGCCUCUGUACGGCUACCUCACCUGCUCCUCUGACGGGAACAACUACGGUGCAACGUGUGAAUACCACUGCGACGGAGGAUAUGAACUGAGGGGCGUCUCUAGUCGCGUCUGCCAGUUCAACCGUAACUGGGGAGGAGAGCCUGCCGAGUGUGUUCCGAUGGAGAUUGAAUCAAACGUAAAGACGUUCUCCGCUCUCCUGGAUCAGUUCUAUGAGAAGAGGAGGCUGCUGAUCUUGUCUGCGCCCAACAUAUCUGACCCAGACUACCAGCUGCAGAACAUCAUGAUACAAAAAUCCGACUGUGGAUUAGACCUGCGACAUGUAACCGUGAUCGAGCUCCUGGGCUCUCCGCCUCGAGAGACGGGUCGCAUUAAAGAGAAUCUGCUCAGCUCUGAGGUCAUCGAGGGUUUGAGACAAGUGUUCAGAAUCUCCAGAUACUACUUCAGCAUGCUGCUGCUGGACAAGUUCGGAAUGGACCGAGAGCGCUUCAUCCACCCGAUGGGGUCGGAGGAGCUGUUCUCCUACGUCGACAGCUUCCUGCUGGACGAGGAGGAGCGAGAGAAGCUGGAGCUCCACAGGGACUUCUGUGACUGAUUUAAUAAACGUCCCCGGUUGCCACAGCGAUAAACUCAUCAGUAUUAACUAAACACACGACGAGGAAGGAGGACAAACAACCAGAAACCAGGUCCAGGGAGACAUUAGGAGGGGAAAAAGAGGACGUUCCUCGUGUUCAAAUGUGAUCACUAAACAACACUGAAGUGCUAGCACUGUUAUCUAAUCAUCUGAGAGACACGGAGGCCAGGAAAUACAGACAAGCUUGAGUAAAGAAAUACAUUUUGAACCAUAACAUUAGGUUGGAUACAUGAUUAGUAGUUUUGCAGAGGAGCCCCUGUUCUGAUCUGAUAUUUAAUGAAAACCAUUUCUACAGAAGACUACUGAGGAACACUUGAUUUUUAAAUCCAGCUGGUAUGGACGAUGAAGCACGUCUUUGUGGUUUAGUGCAUUUUUUAUUGGGUGAACAGAAUAUUCAUGGCAACCUCGAGGUAAACACCAGUCUGAUCACACAAAGUUAAAAGUUAAAAAUCUACAUUUAUAUAUCUGCAAAUAGACAAAAUUUAAUAAUUUCAAAAAAAGGGUUUAUAUGCAACUUCUAUAAAUAUAAUUCUUUGCAUGAUAGUAUUACAAUUUGUAGCUCAAUCUGUUGGAUGCAACACCAGAAAUAAAAAUGUAUAAUACCAGUUUUA